AUGCUAACUUUUACGAAGGCGACAAUCAGCGAAUGGUUCCGCGACAGUGGCAAGCACGCCCUUGUGAUUUUUGACGACCUGUCGAAGCAGGCCGUCGCUUACCGCCAGAUGUCUCUGCUGCUCCGUCGUCCUCCUGGUCGUGAGGCCUACCCCGGUGACGUCUUCUACCUGCACUCCCGUCUGCUGGAGCGUGCUGCCAAGAUGAACGACAAGCUUGGCGGUGGUUCCAUGACUGCCCUGCCCGUCAUUGAGACGCAGGGCGGUGACGUGUCUGCUUACAUUCCCACCAACGUCAUUUCCAUUACCGACGGCCAGAUCUUCCUGGAGGCUGAGCUGUUCUACAAGGGUAUCCGCCCUGCCAUCAACGUCGGUCUGUCCGUGUCGCGUGUCGGUUCCGCUGCCCAGCUCAAGGCCAUGAAGCAGGUCGCCGGUUCGCUGAAGCUCUUCCUGGCCCAGUACCGUGAGGUCGCCGCCUUCGCCCAGUUCGGUUCCGACCUGGAUGCCUCCACCAAGCAGACCCUCAACCGUGGUGAGCGUCUGACUGAGCUCCUGAAGCAGAAGCAGUACUCGCCGUACGCCGUCAACGAGAUGGUGCCCCUGAUCUUCGCUGGUGUCAACGGUUUCCUUGACAACGUCCCCGUUGCCAAGAUUCUGCAGUGGGAGGCCGACUUCCUGGCCCACCUGAAGACGAACGAGACCGAGAUCCUGGCCACCAUUGAGAAGGAGGGUGCCCUGAGCAAGGACUCCGAGGCCAAGCUGCGCGACAUCACCGGCUCCUUCACCAAGAGCUUCCUGGGUUAA